CUUGAAUAGCAAUCAGCAUCUUUCAUAAAAAAGUCAACUUCAAAAAUUUAUUAGUUCUCGUUAUCAUUUUAAAAUAUAACAACCAAAACUCGAAUAAAAUUCAAAACCAUCUUUUUUUAACUCAAAAGAAAUAAAUUCAAAUAAACGAAAAAAAAAAAUGACAAAUCACAAUCCAACAGCAAUUUCACGCAUGAAAAAGGACUAUUUACGUUUGCAAAAAGAUCCAAUACCCUACAUCACAGCUGAACCAUUACCAACAAACUUACUCGAAUGGCAUUAUGUUGUCAAAGGUCCUGAAAAUUCACCCUAUCAAGGUGGCUACUAUCAUGGUACGAUUUUAUUUCCAAAUGAAUUCCCAUUCAAACCGCCUUCAAUUUAUAUCCUUACACCAAAUGGUCGAUUUAAAACAAAAAAACCACUUUGUUUGAAUAUAACCGAUUACCAUCCGAUAACAUGGAAUCCAACAUGGUCUGUUGACACAAUACUAACUGGAUUGUUAAGUUUUAUGUUGGAAGAAAUACCAACAAUGGGUUCAAUGGAAAGUUCGUUGUAUGAAAAACAACAGUUUGCUAAGAAAUCAUUGGAAUUUAAUUUGAAAAAUUCACAAUUUUGUGAAUUAUUUCCACAAUUGUGUGAUGAAAUUAAAGUACAAUUGGAAGCUGAUAAAAAGUGCAAUAAUAAUGAAUUCGUCGGUAGGCCUGAAGAAGACAGCACUGGUGACGAUUUUGAUUUAAGCGAAAAUAACAAAAAUUCUAAUUUGGAUAGUAGCAGCUAUUGCAAAUGGCAUUCGAUUUAUUCUUAUUUAACAGAAAUUUUGAUUUAUGCAAUUUUCGCAUUGAUUGUUAAUUAUGUGAUUAAAAACUUAGAUUAGUUUCGUAGUUUCAAUUUA